UGACGUAAUUCUGUGCGACAUGACUGUCAAAAAAAGCGCCAAUCAACACCUGCGACCUCUCCUGUCCGUGGAUGUUUUGUUGUUUUCUCCCAGCAACACAAUUAUUUCUACCAAAACAUCAGCUUGAUCCUCCAGAAGAACACAAAUGUUGUCGCGGUUUUCUGCGCUGUUGCUGAGCGGGAGAGGAGCCGCCGUGAGGUUGACAUCUUCACUAGCUGGUGAAAACAAUCUUCCUCCUAAUUUGCUGCUGCCUGCCAACCUGGUGGAUCCUUCCAGAGCAAAGCGACCGCCUCCCCCGCCAGACUCCCCCCUGCCUCUCCUGAGGUCAUGUGACGUAGACGUGCCCGCCCACCGGACCCCCGUGCGCAUGUGGGUGGACACUCUGGACAGGCGGGACCAGGAGCCGCUGGGCGUGGCUGAGCUCCAUCCCGACGUCUUCGCCGUUCCUCCCAGACUCGACAUCAUCCACAGUAUAGAAAUGUGGCAGAGAAAUUACAAACGCAUCGACUACGCCAAGACCAAGGUGAGGUCGGAGGUGAGAGGCGGCGGUCGCAAACCUUGGAAGCAGAAAGGAAGCGGGCGAGCUCGCCACGGCAGCAUCCGCUCGCCAAUAUGGAGAGGAGGGGGCGUGUCUCACGGACCCCGCGGCCCCACCAGCUUCUACUACAUGCCGCCCAUGAAGGUGCGCGUGCUGGGCCUGAAGGUGGCGCUGAGCUCCAAAGUGGCCCAGGGUUACCUGCACAUCGUGGACUCUCUGAACAUCCUCAGUCCAGACUCUCAGGACCUGCUGGAUGCCAUCAGACACAAAGGCUGGGGGGAGUCGGUGCUGGUCGUCAACGAAAGUGAAGAUUUUCCCGCCAACAUCCUGGACGCCACGGCAACACUCAAAAGUGUCAAUCUUAUUCCAGCCAUCGGACUGAACGUGCACAGCAUGUUGAAGCAUGAAGCCGUGGUCCUCACCAUGGCCACACUUGACUUCCUGGAGAAGAAGCUGCUGUGGCACGACCAGCGCUACACCCCCCUCUACCCUUUCAAACUGCCAUACUCUGACUACCCGUAGUGUGAGAUAAAAACAUUUAUUAAUAAAAAUAAUACUAAUAUGAACAUUGAUGAUGAGGUCCUCCAAGGGCCAGGUGGUUCCUGACCUGCCAGCGCAGAGCCGAGCGCUUCUUGUCAGUGGGCACCACGUAGGUGUUGGCCACGUAGGUCCUGCGGGCUUUGGGCUGCAACACAAAGCAAGGUGAGGACUUUGCAGCGACAAGGACUCGUUGUUGUUGUUGUUGUUACUGACCGCUGGAGGCUGGUAGGCCAGACGUUCCUGCAAGAAGACAAGACACACGCUGACUAACACUAGCAGCACACACACAAAGUACAAGUCCUACCCUGAUUUCCCAGCGCAGUUCCUUGUGGUCGCGCUCUCCAGGAACCUUGAAUGUGUCCCACAGCUGCUUGUACUGGCAGUACCUGCAACAUGUCACACCCACCUGAGUCCUCGUUUCCAUGGUUACGGCACACUGCCAACACCUCACCUGGCCACACAGUCCGUCUUCUUGGUCUGCUGAGUCAGCACGGGUCUGAUGACUGAAACACCACCAAGAUUACCACCAUGGGUGUAUACUACAUGCAGGACUACCACACUGGGUGUGUACUAUAAUACAUGAUGGUACUACACGGUGAGAAGUAAGAUAUAGCAAUGAAAUGGGAAAUAAAGUAGAAGGUUAAAAGGUAAAGGUAGUACAUAGAAGAAGGAAUAUAGAAGGUAAAAGAUCAAACAAAGUAAAGGCAGUCAAAGAAGGUAUGGAAAGUACAAAAGUCUAUUUCAACUAUUUUCACUAAAAUGAGCAUUAAGGCUAUAAAGUGAAUUUAUCUGAACAAAUAAAUGA